AUGCCCUUUGGUUUGAAGAAUGCCGGAGCCACUUAUCAACGAGCUAUGAAUGCAAUCUUCCAUGACAUGAUUGGGAAAUUUAUGGAAGUAUAUAUUGACGACGUGGUGGUGAAAUCAGCGAUAAAGGCGAAACAUCUGGCCGACUUGAGGAGAUCAUUUGAGAGAAUGAGAACCCAUGGUUUGAAGAUGAACCCACUUAAAUGCGCCUUUGGAGUGACAGCUGGGAAUUUUCUAGGGUUCUUGGUGCAUCGGAGGGGUAUCGAGGUCGACAAGAAUAAAGCUAGGCUCAAAUCAGAGAAAGACUUUCGAUGGAAAAAGCAUCACCAACAUGUGUUUGAAUCAAUCAAGGAAAAUCUUGCCAACCCUCCUGUCCUUAUGCCACCUAGGAAGAAACAGCCGCUGAAGUUAUAUAUUUCAGCUGUGGAUGAGUCAAUCGGAAGUUUGUUAGCCCAGGAUAACGAAGUAGGGAAAGAACAGGCGGUGUAUUACCUUAGUCGUAUUUUGACACCGGUUGAGCGUCGAUAUACGCCAAUCGAAAAAAUGUGUCUUGCUUUGUAUUUUGCUGCUCACAAAUUGAGAAUAUAUAUGCUACCUGUUUUAGUUUAUGUGAUUUGUGCCACUGACUUAAUUAAGUAUAUGCUUUCUCGUCCAAUAAUUUCUGGACGAAUAGGCAAGUGGUCCUUGGCCCUUAUGGAAUUCAGUUUCCAAUAUGUGCCUCAAAGGGCCGUGAAGGGCCAAGCACUUGGUGAUUUCCUAGCUGACCAUCCAUGCUUGGAUGUUGAUCCGGGAGUCUAUGAUGCAAUGGAGUUAUGUGCUAUUCAACUAACUCCUUGGACUCUAAUUUUUGACGGAUCCAGCGCAAAUGAUGUCGGGGGAGCUGGAGUUGUAAUAAUUGCACCAAAUGGCAGGAAAAUAACAUAUUCUUUCUUUCUAGAUUUCAAAUGUUCUAACAAUCAAGCAGAAUAUGAAGCUCUGAUUAUUGGUCUUGAAAUACUCUUAGAGAUGGGGGCACAGACUGUUGAAAUCAUAGGUGAUUCAAGUCUGGUGAUCGAUCAGUUGUCCAGCAAUUUCAGGUGCCAAAGUUGGCACCUCAAACCAUUCCACUCUAUAGCCAUGCAAUUACUACAAGAAUUUGCAGAGGUAAAGGUCAAGCAUGUUUAUAGAUUGCAUAAUAAAGAGGCCAAUGAUUUGGCUCAAAUAGCAUCUGGCGUUAGGGUGCCAGAAGGAAUAAUGGAGAAUUUGAUUAGAAUAAAGAGAAGAUCAUUACCCUCAGUUAAGGCGAGGGAAGAAUUAUUGGCGGAGGUCUUUACAAUCGAGGUGGAAGACGAUAUGGAAGAGAAUGAUUGGAGAACACCGAUCGUCGAUUUUCUAAAAAAUCCAGACCCUAAGGCUGACAAGAAGCUAAAAAUCAAAGCUCUUAAGUUUGUGAUGAUUGAUGGAGACCUAUUCAGGAAAAACAUUAAAGAUGACCUACUCUUAAGGUGUGUCAGUAAGAAAGAAGUCAUGAAAGUAAUGGGAGAGACCCAUGAAGGGAUAUGUGGUGCUCACCAAGCUGGAAUAAAGAUGAAGUGGCUGAUUAGAAGGUACACUUAUUACUGGCCCGGGAUGCUUAAAGAUUGUAUCACUUACGCCAAAGGAUGUCAAGCGUGUCAAAGGCAUGGGCCAAUCCAUAGAGCCUCGGCGAUUGAAUUACAACCAAUCAUAAAACCAUGGCCUUUUAGAGGCUGGGCUAUGGAUUUGAUAGGGAAAGUUUAUCCACCUUCUUCUAAACAACAUUGUUUUAUCAUUGUGGCAACUGACUACUUUACCAAGUAG